AUGUUCCUGUUGUCGAUCACCGCCCAGCAUCUGCUCGGGGCAGAGUCCACGUGGAUUGCCCUUGAUGCCGACCAGACUCUCGGGCUGGGUUCCAUCCGACACCAGUCCUCCUCAGAGAGCGGAUAUCAACAGGACCGCAGUGGACGUCAUUGUCGGGACGCUCAUCCUAGCGAGAUGCAAUCUUCCAUGCAGGAUCUCCUGUUUGAUGGAAAAGCUCUGUUCACAGAGGAAAUAGAUACAAGGCUGCAUGGCACGAAGAACUCCCGCAUGACCCUCCAGACUCUGGGUCUCUGUGUCCCGGCUCCAGCAAAACCUAAGUUCAAGCCGCAGCAGACUCCAACCUCAGCCGCCCUCCCAAAGCAUUUCAGACUCCUGGGGCUUGUUACUCUUUGGCUGGGAGUCAUUUUUCUAGCUGGGUUCUUCUAUACGAAUGUAAAGAUCACCUCACCCAGUUACCCCCAGACGAACGUGAUGUUUCUCAAGACCCACAAAACUGCCAGCAGCACAGUCAUGAACAUUCUAUUUCGGUUUGCAGAGAAGCACAAUCUGACCUUAGCCCUUCCUGCUGGCCAAAACUACCACCUGGGCUAUCCUCAUCGCUUCAUGGCCCAGUUUGUAGAGGGAUUUAAAACCAUGGGACAAAGCUACAACAUCAUGUGCAACCACAUGAGAUUUAACCUCCCAGAGGUCCGAAAAGUAAUGCCAAACACCACCACCUACUUUUCCAUCAUGAGAAACCCAAUUUCACUGAUGGAGUCCUCCUAUGCCUAUUUUAAAUUUUUUACACCAGCAUUUAGAAGGUCAAAGGAUGUGAAUGAGUUUCUGGCAUCUCCAUGGACAUAUUACAAUAUGAGUGAAUACACAGAUAAUGUUCAUGCGAGGAACUACAUGUGGUUUGACUUUGGCUAUGAUAACAAUGCAAUGGACACUGAGGACUAUGUGCAGCGUGUCCUAGCGGAGAUUGAACAGGCUUUUCAGCUGAUGCUGCUAACUGAUUAUUUUGAUGAGUCCAUGGUCCUGCUGAAGGAGACUUUGGGCUGGGAGAUGGAUGAUGUGGUUUACUUCAAGCUGAAUUCCCGAAGCCAGGACACUAUCAAAAGCAUGACCCCUGAGAGCAAGGAAAAGGUAAAAGAAUGGUGCUCAUUGGACUGGAAGCUCUACCAACACUUCAACAGGACCUUCUGGAGGAGAAUUCAGGAGACAAUAGGACUAGAAAAAUUGGAUCAGGAGGUGAAUCUCCUGAGAAUGAGACAAAAGGAACUUAUGGAGCUGUGUCUCUUGAACCCAAUGCCGAUAGAUAAGACCAAGAUCAAAGACAAAAAACUUCAGCCCUUCCAGUCAGGGUGUGCAAAUAUUCUGGGCUAUAAUCUUAAAGAAGACAUGGCUAAUGAGACUCUGAGAACCUGCCUGAGACUAAUCACACCUGAGCUUCAGUAUAUGUCAUAUCUGUAUGCUCGUCAGUUCCCAGAGAAGAAGAGGAAGAGCAUAGCCUUUUCCUUGUGGCGGAGGUGA